CACUGACUGAUGCUUCCUUCAUCCGCAGAAAAGACGACAUCGGGUCCGAUCCUCCCCAUCUCGCUCGCUUAUAAUUGACAUUCGUUCGAUACACUCUUUUAUCUCGUUACAACCAGUCCGCUAACUGCUGUCAUGGCCCGGCUCUCCGUCCGCCAGAAUGGGUCCUGCCCAGCUAACACGCUGUGGUAUGUCUGUUUGACGGGCGGUUAUACUGGCUGUUGUUCGGUCGAUCCGUGUACAACGGGGGUGUGUCCGGAUGGCAGCAGCAGUAGCAGCUCGACCGUCGCUGUCACAGUCACCACGAAGACUGAUCCGUCCUUGACGACCUUGGUCCAAGAGCCCAUCACCACCAGCAUCACCACAUCUUCCACAUCCUCUACUCCCAUAUCAUCCGAGACCACGAUGACUACAUCAGAUGUGCUGAAGACGACAACCUCGAGCAUACCCACGACUAGCACAACUCCAACUCCAACGACACUAUCUACAAUAUCUUUUACGCAGUCUACCUUGACCACACAAUCAACCUCCACCACUCCGAUGUCCACAAACACAUCCACAUCCACCCCCCAACCCACAUCGGUCAUCACUGGCGCCCUAAUAGGAGGCAUCAUCGGCGGCGCAUUAGCCCUACUCCUCCUCAUUACACUAAUUCUCUGCUCCAUCCACCGCUCACGAAAGCGACGAGAGAAGCAAAACUUUGCCCUGUUACGCUGGCGUAGUGGCUUUGACAGUAAACCCGAAUCACCAGUCACCCAUACCGGGAACUCCUCACCCUCACCCUCGCCCCCAUCAGAACCCACCCCUAAAACACCACCACGGACAACAACCUCAACAAGGUCCCCUCCUCUCCAUCCUCCUCUAUCCAUACAAACUCACACCCGCCAACCCCUCCCAUCCAACCACUACACCUACACUUACAACCACAACCACAACCACAACCGCAUGCCAAACACCACAACCUCUUCCACCAUCACCAUAACCCCCAUCCGAACUCCCCACCCAACAUCCACAUCCACAUCAACACCCAAAUCCCUAUUCCCAUCCCUACCACACACCCCAAACACCCCCAACAACAAACCCCGCAAACCCCACAAAAGCAACCCCAAAUCCAAACCCCUAAACCCUACCGCCGCCGAACUCAGCGACACAGGCUUCUACCGCCAACGCGCCGAACUCCCCGCCGAAUCAUCCCGAGAACUAAUCAACAUUCCCGUUAACCGACGAUUGCAUUACGGGAUCGGGGAUAGGGAAGGUCAUUAUCAAUCUCGAACGGGGGCCUCGGAUCCAAUUAUUACGAGAGAUGGAGCGGUGUUGGCGGCUACGAUUGAGAGGGUAGAUGAGGAUCCGUUUUUGGGUGGUGAAGUUAGUGAUGGUGAGAGGAUGAGAGUGAAGAUGAAAGUCAAAGUCAAGAAAGAGAAAGAGAAGAACAAUGACAAUGGCGAGACUAAGAACAAGAACACGCAGAGUGAGAGAUAUUUUACGAUCCCACCGACAUACCACCGAGAUUCAGGGCGGGGAGAGUUCCGCGGUGGGGUGGUUAAUGACAACAACAACAACAACAACAACAAAGACAAGAAAUAGAUAGGUG